AACGGCUGCUGUGCUGUUAUGAAAGCAGAGCAGUGGGUGUGACGAGCGGGGUUUUGCGGCUACAGACUCACAAACGGAUCCACUACACUCAUCAGCAAUGCUUCGCAUCACCUCUGCCACCCUGUACACCUGCUCACAGAGGGUGAGGCUGCUCCUACCUCCUUCAGCGUCCACCUCCACUGAGACCUCUCCCAGCAAAAGAGUGGAAAACCAGCGCACAGUUGACUCCCUUUAUGAGCUUUCAGUGGACAUUCGAAAGGUCCGCAAGUUCAGAGGCUGGGUUCUGUCUGAGAGCUCUGCGUAUGUCUCUGAGACUGCUGACCUGCUGAGAGACAUGGGUGCAGACACAACGGCUAUCGCCCACAUCCUGGAAACUCACCCAGAGGCUAUCCUGUGUCGCCCAGAGGACGUCGCCACGCAGCGAGACCUCUGGUUGUCUGUCUGCCCCAGCAAACGUCAGUUGAUGAACAUCAUUGAAAAGUUCCCAGCCUCCUUUUUUACACUUACUCACCACGGUAACCAGCGGGCCAACAUCCUGUACCUCCAGAACCUUCGCCUUAGCAAGAGGAUCAUCAGCAAGCUGAUGGCCAGUGCCCCGCAGAGCUUCAGUCAGCCUGUGGAGCGCAACCAGGAGGUCAUCCACACGCUGAGGGAGAUCUACCUCGACCUGGGUGGAGAGGAGAGUAACCUACGUGUCUGGCUGCAGAAGCUUCUCAGCCAGAACCCUUACAUUCUGCUGCGACCAGCCGAGGCCUGGAGGGACAGUCUGGGCUUCCUGAGGGAGAAGGGGUUCACCACAGAGGAGCUCCUCAGCCUGGUUUCCAGCCUCAGAGCCUCCAUUGCAGAGCUGAAGCCUGAGGACAUGCAACGGGCGAUGGACUACAUUGAAGCGGCUCUCUGCUGCUCUAAAGACGAACUUAAGCAAGUAGUGAUCCGCUGCCCUGCCAUCUUGUACUACUCCUUGCCCACCUUAUUGGGGCGGUUUCAGGGGCUGAUGGACGCGGGAGUGACGAUGGAUCAGGUGAAGGAGUCUCCAAAUGUACUCGAGCUCACCACGCAGAUCGUGCUGUAUCGUAUCCAGAAACUAGCCUCCUACGGAUACGAAAUUCGCUCCGGCAGCCUGGACGUUAUUGUGGGAACAAAGAAGGACUUUGAGGCGAGUUAUGGCAAGCUGCAGCUCAGGCAGCAGAGGCCGCUCUUCAACCCUGUGGCUCCUCUGAAAUCUGCUGAGGAUUGAGUGUCGGUGCGCACCUUGUUAUGAAAUGUGGUUUACUGCUUCAGCUUUGUGCAAGGAAAAUAAGAAAAGCCAGGUAAAUUAAAAUCCCACAAAAGGCUGAAGACUGUUCAGGAAAUAUGACACUAUCUGUAAAAGUUUCCAGUUUGGGAAGUGCCUUUCAUAAGACGAGUGUGUAAGCACUGAAUUGUGUAAAGUGUGCAAAAAUGCUGUCUGUUGUGUGUGUGAAACUGCUACUUUUCUUCUCUGAGAGAAGACUUAAACUGCAGCACAGAGUCUGUAUGGUUUUUAACCCUCAGCUGUAAAAGGCUGAUGGGGUGUUGUCGUCACCCAGCCUGGUGGCGUGGAAACGCAAGUUUGUGAAUGUGAUAACUCAAGAACGAGGCCAAGUAGGAGCUUCAAAUUGAUACCAUAGGUGUAUCUAUAAAGUCUAUUCAGUGGCCUCAAGGUUAGAGGUCAAAUUUUCUGAAAAUCUUGUGAAUGCAAUAACUUGAGAACAAGGCGAUGUAGGAUUUUGAAAUAGAUAUCACAGGUGUGUCUCCUUUGGAGGAUGUGUGUGAUAGGUGGUGUAGUAGUUAAGUACGGUGACAGAUUCUUUGCCUUAACAGAAGUCCAUUCAUUUUUUUUUGUUACCUCUGGCCAAACAAAACUAUUUAAUGCAUGAAAAAAUAAAUUAUUUAAAAAGUGUUUUUACUAUUUUGGUGAUUUUUGUUUUGUUUUGUUUUGUUUUUUUGCUCUUUUGAGGGUAGGCCAAGACUUCUUUUUUUUUCUUUCUUUAAUUGUUCAUUGAUAAUGAAGCACAGGCCGUGGCAUGCAGGCCUACCAGAUACCGCUGGUAUCGUUUGACAACCAGUGGAAAAAGAAAGGGAGGGUGGGACAUGUAAGUGAGGAUAAAAGGUUGUUUGGGAAAUCAAGCAUUUUUGUCGUGGCUGUAAGGAGAGUGGUCAGGAUGUGGUCCACCUUGUGAUAUUCGGAUAAAUUACCUUCAAGAUUAAAACAGCAUUAGAUGGACAUUGAAGCCAACAUCAGAUGGCCUUUAACCUGCCAGCUCACUAAUACAAAGUCCACAGUGGUUGCACUGAUAUGCACCAGUGUGAGUGUAGAGGAAGUGUAUUCACCUCUACUUUCCUGCUGUGAGAUUACACUUAUGCCCUAUGCAGUGUCUGGGCCGCGGGUUCAGUAGGUCAGACUUUUACUGGCUACCAAAUGAAGCCACUUGAAUGGCUUUAUACACUCCUACUUAUGACAUAAAUCUAAUACCGUACCUGUAGUGAGAACAUUGACGAAGUACACUCACUGGCCACUUUAUUGGGUACCCCCCCCCCCAAAAAAAAAAAAAAAAAAAACCCAACAGCAGCCAUCAUGUCUUGUUGAUGCCAGAGGUAGGAGAGAAUGAGCAAACUGCAGCAGAAGAGCAUCUCUGUAUGCAUAACACACUGAACCUUGAAGCAGAUGCGCCACAGCUGCAGAACACCACACCUGGUGCUACUCAACAUGGGACUGAGGCUUGGAGAACUGGACAAUAGAAGAUUGAAAAAACACUGCCUGGUCUGACAGCAUGAAAGCAUGGAUCUAACUAGACCUCUAAAAAUAACUAUAUUAAUAGUAGUAAUAACAUAUUUUAAUAUUAUUUUCUGCCAUUACCUUCAAUUAUUAACUUGUCUGUUGACAACAGUACACAAUAGAAUGAAAACAGGUUUUAUGUCCAGUGUUGUCGAUGUCAUGAUGUUACAGUGUACUCACAGCAGGCUUGUGACUUAUAAAGUGUCAAGUGCUUAAUUUUAUUUGUUCUCUAAAUAACAUCAAAAACAUUACCUAAUGUAGCCUAAAUCGCUAGAAAUUAUUAGCUAAUUUUGACCCUCUCAUCCACUAGUCUGCUGGGAUCUCAUGAGUUGCCAGCCAAGGAGCUGAUGUACUUUAUUAUUUUCGUUUAUUAAAAAUUUGUUCCUUUUCUCGUUGAAUUGGGCUUCAGUGUUUGUUUACAGUACAGCUUGUGGUGGCAGAUUUCUUUUCUCAUGUAUUAAUCACAUGUUUUAACCAUAUCACUUUAGUAUAGUAAGAGCACUCCUGUCACCAGUUUGUAUGCAUGUGGAAUGUGAUCACAAGUGGGGCCCAAGUUUUAUUGCACCUUCACAGCAGACUCAUUUUCCUCUUGAGGGCUCUGGACAUCCUGUUGUAAAGGAGGUGACGGUUGGUCGGAGUUUUCUUAGACUGAACAGUUAAGGAUCUGCUAAUAAUCGAUCUGCUGUGGAAUGUUCUUUGUUUAAGAGUGUCUGUGUCUGCGUAUAUAAGAUGUAAGGGCGGUGGCCACAAUUCAGAGAUGGUCCUAGGACCUGGAGAAUUUCUGAUGUCGGUUGAGAAAUAAUAUUACUAAUCUUUUUCUUUUUAUUCUCCUAAUUCUAGUGAGUUGACUCAUGGGAGAGACCAUGUGUCAAACAGGAGGGAUUCCAGGUUUAACAUGAAAACAAUGUUUUCUAUGAUUUUACUGUUAUUUGUGUGAUUAAUAGUUAAUGUAUUCAGGUAUUAAACCUCUA